AUUUUACCAUUAAUAAUCAUUACUAUGUAAUCCAAGAAUUGGAUUCAUCAUUAAUGUCAACAAAAUUUAAAUACCAUGUAGUACAAAUCUUAACAAUCCAAAAAGGAAAAAAAAGGCAAACACACUUCACUUCUUCAUCCUCAAAACUUCCAUUUUCCUCCAUUUUUUUCAGGUGAAAAAAAGGGCUAUUAAUUUAAAGUUCAAUUUUUUUCGCUUAGACUCGUUACCUUGUUCGAUUGAAGAAGUGGGGUUGUUUAUAAAUGGCGAAAAGGGGUUCAGAUGAGAUGAAAAAUGAAUUAAUGGGAGCUGAAGGAGAGAUAAAAAUGGAGAAUUUAAAAGAGGGUGUUGUUGAAUCUCAUCCUUAUGCAUUUCAUGUAUCUGGUCCAAGAAAUGUUGCUUCUCCAAAUUGGAGAGAUCUUAUUAAUUCCAGUUGGAAGGAUGCUAACUACAAAAGAACUGUCAUGGCCUGCUUUGUCCAAGUAGUUUACCUUCUCGAAAUCGACAGACAAGAAAACAGGACAGAAGAAAACGCGCUUGCUCCAAAAUGGUUAAUACCUUUCAAGUACAAGUUAGUCGAGACUUUAAACGACGAAAGAGAUGGAUCUAUUUUCGGUGCAAUCUUAGAAUGGGACAGAUCAGCAGCAUUAUCCGAUUUCGUACUCAUCAGACCUAGUGGUGCACCGAGGGCUGUCGUGGCCUUAAGAGGAACGCUUCUCAAAAGCCAAACGAUGAGAAGGGAUAUUGAAGAUGAUCUCCGUUUCCUAGCUUGGGAAAGUUUAAAAGGUUCUGUGAGAUUCAGUGCAGCCCUCAGUGCUCUAAAAUCAAUUGCCACCAAGUAUGGCAGCAACAGUGUGUGUAUUGUAGGCCAUUCACUUGGAGCUGGAUUUGCUCUUCAAGUGGGAAAAUCGCUAGCGAAAGAAGGGGUACAUGUAGAAGCACAUUUGUUCAAUCCACCCUCCGUUUCACUUGCUAUGAGCUUAAGAAACAUAGGCGAAAAAGCUGGAUUGGCGUGGAAAAGGCUCAAAACAAUGCUCCCUUCGAAAACGGAUGAUCAAAUGAGCUACGAGGAAAAUGCACCACCUUUUCGGAUAGGUCUAAAGCAAUGGGUGCCUCAUUUGUACAUUAACAAUAGUGAUUAUAUAUGUUGCUCUUACACUGAUCAAGAAAAUAACGGUGUACAAGACAACAAUGAGGCUGAUAAGGAGAAUGCAAAACCAAGAAAUAACGGUCAACAAGUUGCUGCUGGUGCAAAGCUUUUCUUGUCAUCUAAUAAAGGGAAACAGAAGUUUCUUGAGGCACAUGGAUUGGAGCAAUGGUGGUCUGAUAAUUUGGAACUCCAAAUGGCUAUUAGUAACAGCAAACUUAUUAGUCAGCAGUUGAAAUCCUUGUACACUCUUCCUGCUUCUCAACUAACACAAGUGAAGCGCCAAUGAAUGGAAUUGCUCGGACUUUUCAUCAUCAAGUGUGUGUUGGAUCCUUCAAAAGUAGUGCAAUUCUGGAAGAUCCGACACUGUGUGGGGGCGCAAGUUUGGAGAGUCCGGGCAGUAUAGUCAUCCAUCCCCUAAAUAACUCAUUUUCACUCCCAUUGUUUCCCAACUCACCAUGUUUGUGUUCAUUUUUUUUGUACAAGA